GCGAUACUGCGAUAUCACAAUUCACAGACUGUUAUAUACUGAUGUUUUGAACCGGCGAUUGCUGACAAGUCGAAACAACUUUAGUUUGUUUUUUCUUUAUAUAUCUGUGAUAAAAUGGCAAAUUUAGACGGUUUCGACCUUUGGAAACAGGGCGCGGAGGCCAAGAUGUACACAGGAGCUUUCCUCGGUGAUGAGGUAGUGGUUAAAGAACGUUUCCUCAAGAAAUACAGGCAUCCGGACUUAGACGAAGCCCUGAGCAAGGAAAGGCUGAGGAACGAAGCAAGAGGGAUCCUCAGGUGCAAGGCGGCAGGUGUAAAAUGCCCAACUGUCUACUACAUCGACCUGGAUCGGCGGUUGAUCUAUCUCCAAAAGCUGUCCGGCGCGUCGGUUAAAGAAGCGCUUGAUGACGGUACAGACAAAGCGCUUCGAAUCGCUGAGCUUAUCGGAGAGAGCGUCGGUAAAAUACACUCAAACAACUUAAUCCACGGAGACCUUACGACGUCUAACAUGAUACUGCAAGAUGAUGAAAUAUACCUUAUUGACUUUGGCCUUUCAACUGUGGCUCAGAGCGCUGAAGACAAAGCCGUUGAUCUUUACGUCCUGGAAAGGGCCUUGUCGAGUACGCACGAAUUGAACGAGCAGUUCUUCAUGACGAUAAUCAAAUUCUACCGCAAAGCCAAUAAAGGGAGUAAAGAAGUUAUGAGAAAGUACGAAGAGGUCAAAGCUAGGGGGAGGAAGAGGACUAUGGUAGGAUAAUAGUUUGUUUUUAAAUACUGUUAUUUAUUAAAUUGUUUUCUUUUUACUGUUGUGUUAUAUUGCAAUAAAACCUCUCUUAACAGACAA